AUGUGCACAAGCCUGUCAUGGAGAGAGCGAAAAAAUGUUCAACUACUUCAAGAUUCAUUACAUGCAUGCAUGUUUGGCAGAAUAUUUUCUUUAGUUGUUGAUUAUAAAGUUAAAUUAAGAUGGAUGUUCAUCUCAGCAUAUUCUUAUGCCAUAAAAGUUAGCAGAAGGUAUCGUGUUUGCUCCCGGAAUUCUCGAGAUAAAAGUUUUUACUGUGAGGGUUCGUUGUACUGUCAAGUGACAAUUACGAUUUAUUCUUACACGGAAAAGGGAGAUAUUUGUGCGAUGGUUGGAAAGGUAUGGCAGCAAAUGAUUAAUUUCUAG